ACGAUGACCACCUCUCAUAUUCUGUCUGCUGCCGAUCCCUCCGGCAUGAAUGGUACUGGGAAUCAUAGUAAUAGCAAUAACAACAUCAACAACAUGGCGAGCGUUAGUGCCGACAACGCGCUACACAAUGGCACAAACAACACUAACGGCGGUCAUACGGGGGCGCACUCGCCACAUCAUGCACACCACAAUAUGGCGGCCAACAGUAGCGGCGGCAAUGGCAUCAAUGCUGGCAACGCCGGCGGCAUGAGCGCUAGCAUGAACCAACUUGGUGGCACGCUGGCGGCGAACCGCAGCCCGGGCAUGGAGCGCAAUCUGCAUGUCAGUCUCGAUGACCGCGAAUUGUGGCUGCGCUUUCAGAAUCUCACCAACGAAAUGAUCGUAACGAAGAAUGGCAGGCGCAUGUUUCCGGUGGUCAAGAUUAGCACUUCCGGCCUCGAUCCAGCCGCCAUGUAUACCGUUUUGCUGGAGUUCGUGCAGGUGGACACACAUCGCUGGAAGUAUGUCAACGGCGAGUGGGUACCUGGCGGCAAGGCAGAGGUGCCACCCGCAAACCCCAUCUAUGUGCAUCCCGAGUCACCUAAUUUCGGUGCGCACUGGAUGAAGGAGCCCAUUUCGUUUGCCAAGGUGAAAUUAACCAACAAAACCAAUGGUAAUGGACAGAUCAUGCUGAAUUCGUUGCACAAGUAUGAGCCGCGUGUGCAUUUGGUGCGCGUGGGCUCCGAACAGCGUCACGUCGUCACAUAUGCAUUCCCGGAGACACAGUUCAUAGCCGUAACCGCAUAUCAAAAUGAAGAGGUCACUUCCUUGAAAAUCAAAUACAAUCCGUUUGCAAAGGCGUUCUUGGAUGCUAAGGAGCGUCCCGACACAUUAUAUUCACAUGAGGCACCAUACGGCUGGCUAAUACCGCCGCCAACACAUUACACCAGCGUUGCGCAGGCACCACCACCACCGCCAUCCAGUUUGGCGGUGACGAACUCGCCUUUGGGCAUGAGUUGCGACCGCUAUGGACGCGCGCUCAACAAUCGCAGCAUGGCUACACAUAGCGCACGCGCUUCACCGUACACCCGACCGCGUCUUCCGUCGAGCACACCGGGCGCGAGCUCGCCGGGUCCAGUCGGCGUGAUUAAUGGUAGCGCUGGCAGCGCUUCACCGCCGCAGCAGCCACCAUCGGCGCCGCACACACCCACCAGCAUGCAGUCCACACACACCAGCAAUAUGAGUGCGGGCGCCAGUAAUGUGGGUUUGUCCAGCAGCUCGGCAAGUGCGGUUGGCUCUUUCGCCGGUUUCACCAGUUCCUAUACGCAAUCCAGUUUUAUGCCGGUGGAGCCGAGCUCUUCGAUGUUUUCAUAUGCCGGCAGUUGGCAAGGCAACGCUGGCUAUUGGAGCACGCCGGCGGCAGUGCCAGCUGUGCCACCCGCAGCGGUGCCGGUAAAUGUCAGCCAAAACAGCAGCAACGGCAGCGGCAGUGCUGUGCGUUCGAUGUCUGCACAUAAUUCACCAUCUCCCACCAAUGGUGCUUCACCAAACUACACCAGUCCUUCGCCUGGUUAUACCAUACACCACCUGACAUCGCAUCCUACUCAUCAGUACAAUGUUGCACAAACGGCGGCGGCUGCGGCUCAUGCAGCGGAUAUGUAUCAAAGCUCUGCCGCACCUACACAGUCAUACGCGGCGGCGCCCACACAUCAGGUCUAUCAUCCCACGCCCACAUCUCCACCGCAUCAGUUGUAUACGAAUGUGUUGAACGCACCAACGGCUUUGAGUUAUGCCGGCAGCUCGUGGCAUAAUGGCGGCGGCGCUGAGUAUGGCUUGUAUCAGAAUGCGGCCUAUGGCUACCAGCCGGAGUAUAUACCUUUAGUCUCGGACUUGGGCUACACCACGCACCCGCUAGAGCCCGUCGAAGUUCCUAAAUCUUACGAAGACCCGCAAGCCGCCUUAUACAAGCCGCCACAGCAGCCGGACGGCGCUGGCGCUGGUAGCUCAGUACUUACCUUGGAAUGCAGCAAUUUGAAGGAACAUGCGCCCUCCGUCGCCGUGAAAUUGGAAACGCUGGACAGUGUAGUCGCGCCUAGCCACGAGCAUGGCGCGUCGGUUGGGACUGCAGCCGAAGUGGCUGCUGCCACAGCCAGCCAAAAUACGCAAAGCGGCACUUGGACACCGCUCACCCCACCGCAGAGCGCGUUGCAAUAAUCGAAUCGAAUGUGGAUGCAAAGCCUUCAGAAGCCAUUUUGUUCAAAUUUAUUGUAUUAAUAUAUAUUUAGAAUUUUUAGUAGAAUGAGCCUUAAACUCCUGUAU